CUCUCUCUCUCUCUCUCUCUCUCUCUCUCACUUUCUCCUAUUAGGGAGCACGGCCGGCCGGCAGGGGAGGAGCGUGACGGGCGCGCGACGGCCGGCGAGGGAGGAGCGCGGCUGAGAGGAGGGUUGGCGCGAUGGGUGGCGGUCGGCGACGCGGAGCACGACGACGACUUGGGGCCGCCGCUCGCUUGCUCCUGGGGGAUGGAAGAGCAGCACGCAGCCACGCACUCAGAGUGGAGGCGGUGGGUAUCCGGCGACGUCCCGAGGCGGGCGAGGACGGCGGUGGCUUGCCUCCCGCUCCUCUCCCCGCCGAUCUCCCUCGCCGGCCGGCGAGUGCGCGUGGAGAGGAAGAAGCUCACAGCCUCACACCCGCUCAAAUUCUUCACAAUCUAUGGGCUGUGGCUAGUGGCCGCAGUACAGCUAUGGGGGAUGCCAUCCUGCUGCAGACCAACCACAUUCGACGUUAACAAGGUGCCAACCAUGCAGGGACCUAGCGCACCGGCGGCGCGGCGCACUGAGGACGACGAGGGGUGGCGGCGGCACGCGGCGCGCGGUGAGGGCCGGCCGUGCGUCGGCGGGGUGCGGCGCACGGCGUGACGGCAGCCGACGGCGGGGCGCGGUGGCAGCUAGGCGGCGGCCGCGACGCGGACACGCGGCGGCGGCGCGGCUAGGACACGGGCUCGUGGUGGCUGGCGUGCAGCGGGCCGGCGGCUCACGGCGCCACGCCAUGCGGGGCGGCGUGGGGGCGGUCAAGCGGCCAUGGCGCGGUGCUGCGAGCACGCCGCGGACGGCGGAUGCGGUGUAGCGGCCUAGCACGGCGCUGUGCGGCAACGCCGGUGGCCGUGUGGGUGCGGGAUACGGCUGAGCGGCGGCUCGGCGCGGGAUGCGGCCGAGCGGCCAUGGCGCGGCGAGUGCCGGCGGCACGGCGGCCAUGGCUGCUCGCUGCUCCGCCCUUUUCCUUUUUUUUUCUUUCUUCAUUUUCCUUUCCCGUUGACUUCGUGUGGUCGGGGAGGCGCGGCGGCGCGGCUGGGCGACGACCGGCGUGACGCAGCGGAGUUCAGUGCAAGGCGCGGCCCAGGUAGUGGCGCGGUCCGGGGCGGCCGUGCGGCGGCGAGGCCGUGCAGGUGCAGUGGCCGGCGCGCAGCCGACGUCUCCAUCCAUCAGUGCCCUUUCGUUUUCUUUUUUUCGCUGGGGACGAGAGAGGGUGCUGAUGUGGUCUGGGUCUCACGCUGACUCAGCCGUCACCUCGUAUAAAACCAGAGUCAAAACCAUUAAAUGACCUAAAUCUGGUUUUAUAGUUGAGGGAUGAUUUUGUAAUUCGAUGAUAAGAUGAGGGACUUUGGGUGUACUUUUUCCUCACAACUCACACUCACACUAACCAUGCUUCUUGAGCCGUGGGUCCUGAUGGGCUAGCAAGCCCAUCGGCUCUCCCGGACGCCA